AUGGCGCGUGUGGUUGAAACUCCUCAUCCUCCGGAUGACAUGACCACCGCAAAACUGAACAAAACAAACAUUGAUCAGGCUAAAGCCAACGACGACGACGCGUUUCCAACCAUCAAGACACACGUCUUGGAGCCACCCAUACCCCUCCCGCCAUGCCUCAACCUAGCAACCGAGGACUCCGAGAUCGUGGCCGCAUUGAAGCUCAUCGCUGCCUCCGUCGCCCAGCAGCGCCAGCAAGUCGCUAAACAUCUCAUCUUCCACACACUCUUCCUCGUCCCCAUUGCAGCUAUCAUUCUCUUGGCAAACAAGGCUAUUUACGAAGACCCAUCUAGCUGGCUUUAUACCAUCGUGCAGGCCGCUACCGCACUCUCAAUGGUUCUACUCAUCCUCAAGCGCCUGGUAGACGGAUACCUCGACGAGGCUACCGGAGUCGGUACUCUCAAAUGGCUUUACGGGCAUGAUCCGAGCAGCGAAGCAAACCGUGACAAUGAGCAGACCGACCCCGCCUUACCCUCAGAGAACGGAGGAACAUUCGUGCUGGUCUACCGCUUCAAAAAGCGCAUCAUCGGCGCCCUAGUCUUGAGCACUGUCAGCCGUGUCGACAACCCAGAUACCCAUGCAUCGGCCCACUCAACCGCCAAGACCAAGACCUACGAGGCCUUCAUUCGAGCAUGGACAGUCCAAUCGGCUUUCCGGAGCUGCGGCGUCGGUGGGGAACUGUUGAACACAGCCGUGCAACUUUGUCACUGGAAGGGAUGGCAGGGUCCGCGGUUCGCAAAUGCGCACGCGAACUCGCUGCGUGUUCUCCCCCGUUCCUUUCAUGGAAACAUGGAUAGAGAAUCUGAAUUGUGGUCAUCGUACUUGCGGGCGCGGAUUGAAGCGAACACGCGGGUCUGGGUGAGAUGGGAGGUGUAUGAUCAUCUUGCAUCAACGGAUGACAUGCUGAGUGGAGCGAUUCCUGGCGAUGGGAAAGAGCAAGCUGGGGAUAAAGCGGUAUUAGAAUUACGAAAGCAUUUUGAUGCUAUUGGCAGGGAGAGGAUCGAACUUGAACUUUUGAAGGCUGUCGAAGCUCAAAAUCGUUGGAGCGCGGUUCCAUGUGUGAAGAAUAUUCUGGAUAUCUGA